AUGAUUACAAACCUUCAUUGCGGUAUACCAUUAACGAAUGUAACGACGGAUAAUCAGCUGAGAAUAUUAGCGAACGCGGCACCUGGGACGCCUCGUUCACGUUUACGGCUAAUCAUCAAGGGUUCGUGUAAAGCAACGACGAAGUCGCUUAGUUCAAUUUGACCUGCACUUCGUACGAACAAUCUUGUCAACCAAAAUGAAGAUCUGUGGGCCCAAGUAUGCUUUGUGCGGUUUAGUGUUGUCUGUUUGGGGCAUAUUCCAAUUGCUUCUAAUGGGAGUAUUUUUCUACGUCCGAAGCGUAGCACUGGUGGAAGAUCUUCCAUUAAAAGAGUUAAAGGAAACUACCACAACAGAUGAAUUCUACAAAUUAGUAGACCGAGGAUACACGCAGAAUGCAUACAAUUGCUGGAUUGCCGUAUGCAUCUAUGUCCUCACUUUCCUUUUCUCUGGCCAUCAGUUCUAUCUCAAUUCCAGAUCAUCUCUUAGCGUAUAAAUAUACAAAUGUUACUCAAUAAUGCUACUGUACAUCCAAUUUGUA